AGCAGGGUGGCCGGAAGUGAUGAAGCGCGUCAUGGCGGUGUACAUGAAAGUCCUCGCGCGCGCGCGGCAGAUCCGCGAGAACGCCAAGAUCCGCGGCUUCGCGUCCAACGUGGCCAACUACAGCCCGCUCUUCGCGUCCGACGACGGCUGCCCGGCGUCGGAGAAAUGCCCGCUCGCACAGAACCCGAGCACGGGCGAAAUGAACUAUGACUGGAACCCGUGCAUUGACGAGAACCGCUUCACCGCGCGCCUCAAUGCGUUCCUGGGGGCCGCGGGACUGCCCACCAGGUGGAUCGUUGACACCAGCCGGUCCGGCGUCGCUGGCAUUCGAACGCGCUGGGGGUCGUGGUGCAACGUGAAGAACGCGGGGAUCGGAGAAUGCCCCCAGGCGGAUCCCGCUGAUGCUCCGCAAAGUGAGCACUUGGAGAUUCCGGAGCCGCUUCCCGUGGAUCGCGAAUGCGACCGCAUGGACCCGCUUGGCCUGGACGCCCCGGCAGACGCGCCGCGAGCUGGCCAGUGGUUCCAGGAGCAAUUCGCCAUGCUGGUUCGCAACGCCAACCCGCCCAUGCCUGCUGGAGAGGUGGACCCGCCCCCACCUGCUGACCCGUGCAUGACCGACCCGCAGACAAACCCCGCGUGCGAUCCGUUCUGGAAGAACCUGGCCGUCAAGUACUCGCCGCAGUACAAGUUCCACCCCGAUGAGACCAUCUGGCCAAUCACGAUCGACGAUUACCUCACACACGUGACUGCCUCCAAAGGCUUUUUUUCUGAGGAUGGUACAGAUUAUGAAAUUGAAUACGGAGGCACGACGUUGUAUACCGUCAUUUACAAUCCGAAAUCCGACGACCAAGACCCGUUUGUGGAGAUUCAGUAUUGGCUCUUCUACCCUUAG